GCGAGCUCCACGCAGCAGCAGGUGUUUGCUCUCCCGGCCGCCGCCUCACGCACACUCCGCAGCCGCAUCCCCGCCGCACUCGCUGCCAGAGGAGCCCGCCGAUGCCGCUCGCACACGUGACUGCAUGAGAUUCCGGGACCGAGCGCCACGCCACGCUGCAACGAUGACCGCCAGAUUAUCCACCAAACAGCAUGAGAAAGCUGCAUCGACGUAACGAGCUGGCAGGAUGGCGGCGGCGGCCGACGCUCAGCCACUCAGGCUCGCCCUGCUCAUCGCCACCCUCCUCUCCUUCGUUCAUGGACGAGGAGUGGUGCUGGACAGCCAGGGCCCGGUGCUGACGUCGGAGCCGCGGAGCUCGGUGGAGUUCUCCAACGACACCGGGGCGAUGGUGCACUGCUCGGCCAGCGGCAGUCCGAUGCCGCGCAUCGACUGGCUGAUGGGCGACGGCUCACCGGUGCUGCCCAUCCCCAACAUACGCGAGAUGCUCGUCAACGGGUCCAUGUACUUCGUGCCGUUCGGCGCCGAAAACUACCGGCACGACGUGCACUCGGCCGUCUACAGGUGCCAGGCCUCCAACAGCGUGGGACGAGCUCUCGGCCGCGAGGUCGCCGUCAAAGCAGUUGUGCGGCAGAAGUACGAGGUGCAGGUGCGCGACGCCUACGUGCUCUCCGGCAACACGGGAGUGCUCCGCUGCGAGAUCCCGGCCUUCGUCAAGGAGUACGUCUCGGUGACGUCCUGGGUGCAGGACUCGGCCUACAACAUCUACCCGACCCCGGACAGCGAUGGCAAGUACCACAUGCUGCCGACCGGCGAACUUCUGGUGUUCUCGGUAACUUCGGCGGACGCCCACGCCAGCUACCGCUGUCGCACUGUCCAUCACGUCACCGGGAGCACAGUCGAAAGUUCCUCCUACGCUCAUCUCGUCGUUACUGAGCACCGCAACCACGUGCCGCCCCGGUUCAACGAGCGCAUGAUCCCGGCGCCGGUGAAGACGGGCGAGACGAUAGUGCUGUCGUGCAUCUCGCAGGGGAUCCCGCCGCCGACGUACCUGUGGUUCCGGGAGUCGCCGAGCUCGGGGCCCGAGAUGAUCGUCAGCUCGGAGCGGGUGCACGCGCGCGCCGGCGUGCUGGUGGUGCAGCAGGCGCGGCUCGACGACGCCGGGCGCUACGUGUGCCACGCCAACAACAGCGCCGGCUCCGAGAGGGUCGAGCUCGAGGUCUCCAUCAUCAGCAGCCUCAGCAUCAGACUGGCCCCCGUGCAGAAAACCGUGGACCUGGGCAAAGACGCCGAGUUCCAGUGCGCGGUGGAGGGCCAGCCGACGCCGACGAUAUCUUGGGCGAAGGACGCGCUGCCGAUACGCGAGGGCAGCUCCGGGCGGACCAAGAUGAUCGGGCCGUCCGGCAGCGUGCUCCACGUGUCCUCCAUCACCCGCGACGACAAGGGUAUGUACCAGUGCUUCGCCAAGAACGACUACGAGAUGGUCCAGGCGACUGCCGAACUGAGGCUUGGAGAUGCGGCGCCCCAACUAGUUUACAAGUUCAUCGAGCAGACUAUACAGCCGGGGCCGUCGGUGUCCCUCAAGUGCAUCGCCACGGGUAAUCCGACGCCCCACUUCACCUGGACCCUCGACGGCUUCCCGCUGCCACAGAACGACAGAUUCAUGAUCGGCCAGUACGUGACCGUGCACGGCGACGUCAUAUCCCACGUGAACAUCACGGCAGUGAGGGUCGAGGACGGAGGCGAGUACAGGUGCUCGGCCGUCAACAGGGUGGCGAAGGUGCAUCACGGUGCCAGGCUCAAUAUCUACGGCCCGCCGCACGUCAGAUCUAUGGGCAACUACGCGGCUGUCGCCGGCGAGACGACCGUCAUCAAGUGCCCUGUCGCUGGCUUUCCCAUCUCGUCCAUCACCUGGGAGAAGGACGGUCAAGUUCUACCGACCAGUCGACGGCAAGAGGUAUCCAGCAAUGGCACUCUCAUACUACAUCAGGUGGACAGCAACACCGACAAGGGAGCCUACACGUGUACCGCCAGGAACCAGCAGGGCAGAUUCGACUCGCAAACUGUUCAAAUCGUCGUUAAAGUGCCCCCCAAAAUAGAGCCGUUUGCCUUCCCGCAAAACAUCCAGGCGGGCGCUCGGGUACACGUGACGUGCGUGGUGAGCGAAGGUGAUCCGCCGGUUCACAUUGCUUGGUUGAAGGACGGUCGUCCGCUGAAAUCCCAUUCGGAUCUUGGCGUUGCGACGUCCAGCAGCGACGAGUUCGCGCUAGCGCUCAAGAUCUCGAGUGCCACGCCCGCGCAUAAUGGGAACUACACCUGCCUCGCGAAAAAUGACGCUGCUGUCGCUUCUCGCACUGCCAGCCUUCUUGUUCAUGUGCCGCCGCAGAUCGCGCCGUUCCCGAUAAACAAGGACCUGUCGGAGGGCGUGCGCGCCCAGGUGACAUGCGUCAUCGAGAAGGGGGACGCGCCCUUCUCCAUUGGCUGGUCCAAGGACAACGAGCCGAUCCCCAGCGCGGGCCGCUACGGCAGCCAGCAGCUCGCGGGCCUCAGGGUGACGAGCAUCGACGCGCACUCCAGCACCAUCGUCAUCGAGCGGGUGACCGCCAAUCACACGGGCAACUACACCUGCCACGCCAAGAACUCGGUCGCCGAGGUGUCGCGCACCGCCGAGCUCGUCGUUCGCGUUCCGCCACGGUGGCUCACCGAACCACAAGACGUGCACGCACCGGAGCUCUCCAGACUGACACUCCACUGCCACGCGGAUGGUUUUCCGCCGCCGUCGGUCACGUGGCGCAAGGCCAGUGGAAACAAGCCCGGCGACUACAAGGACAUUACGGGUCACGAUCACAGCCACGACAGUCCCAGGAUACACUCCAACGGUUCGCUUGUGUUCGCUCGAGUUCAGGAGGAUCACGAGGGCUUCUACUUGUGCGAGGCUGUCAAUGGGAUCGGGGCUGGCUUAAGCAAAGUCGUCUAUCUCACCGUCAACGCUCCGGCGCACUUUACGGCGAAGCACGAGAACCGCACGGCGAGGCUGGGCUCGAACACCUCGUUGCGCUGCGAGGCCAAAGGCGACCAGCCGCUGAAGAUAAUUUGGCGAAAAUCCGGCUCGGCCCUCGAGCCCGCGGUCACCGACUACCGCUACAUGGUCAAAGAGGUCAACACGACCGACGGCGUCGCCUCGGUGCUGAGCCUGGUCGGCACCACCCGCGACGACAGCGGCAGGUACAUCUGCAUCGCCAAUAACGCUUACGGACACGACGAGAUGACGAUACACCUGUACAUCCAAGAGCCGCCCGAUUUCCCGAGGAACCUGAGAGUCACGGAGAAGGGCAGCCGCUACAUCAAACUCGGCUGGAUAUCGAGUCAAGACGGCAACAGCCCGAUCAUCCAGUACAUCAUCGAGUACAAAACGGAAUCAGAGGUUUGGCACGACCACACGUUCCACACGACGGUGCCCGGCUCGCACUCGCACGCAGACAUCAACGGACUGCGGCCCGCGGUCACAUAUCAGUUUCGCAUCUUCGCCGAGAACGAGCUCGGCCGCAGCCAGCCCAGCGACAUCUUGGACGCGAUGACUGACGGAGAGACGCCGGGAGGCCCGCCGAAGAACCUGAAGGUCGAGCCGGUGAGCUCGACCGAGCUGAAGGUGACGUGGGAUCCGCCGGACGACGAUCUGUGGAACGGCGAGAUACUCGGCUACCACGUUGGAUACAAGGAGCAGCGGCACGGAGCGGAGUACGUGUAUCGCACGGUGGAGGGGCGCAUCUCCACGGCGAGCAUCGCGCUGGGCCUGGCGAGGACGGCGAUACCGGGCCGCUCCUGCCAGCUGCUCAACUUGAAGAAGUACGCGCGGUACAGCAUCGUCGUGCAGGCGUACAACGCCCUCGGCGCCGGCCCGAUGACCCCCGAGAUCCUGGCCACCACCCUCGAGGACGUGCCGUCGAGUCCGCCGCAGGACAUCCGCUGCACGGCGCUCACCUCGCAGAGCCUGCAAGUCUCCUGGGACCCGCCGCCGAACUCGAGUCUCAACGGCGUCCUCAAGGGCUACAAGGUCAUGUACGAGAACAUGGACGCGCUGACCGACACGACCAAGGUGGAGGCCAAGACCACCACGGCGCUCACCCUCACGCUGGGCAGUCUGGAGAAGCACACCAACUACUCGGUGCAGGUGGCGGCCUUCACGCGGGCGGGCGACGGCGUGGCCUCGGCGCCCCUCUACUGCGUCACCGAGGAGGACAAGCCCGAGAUGCCGGCGGGCAUCAAGGCGGUGGCCAGCUCCGCCACCUCGAUCAUCGUGUCGUGGCUGCCGCCGCUGCGCAGCAACGGCAUCAUCACCUCGUACAACGUGCACGUGCGCUCGGUGGGCCCCGACGGAAAGUGGUACAGGCGGGCGCUGCAGCCCCACGAGACCAGCUACGUGGCCGAGAACCUGCACAAGAAGAACCAGUACGAGUUCAACAUCGCCGCGGUCACGUCGAUGGGCGACGGCCCUCGGACCCCGUCCAUCAUCGUCUCGCCGUCCAGCGAAGUGCGAGCAGCGAUAUACUCGUUCGGCGAGACGCUGGUGGUGCCGUGGAAGCAGGACGUGCUGCUGCCGUGCAAGCGAGUAGGCAAGCCCGAGCCGACGGUCACGUGGAAGCAGUGGGGCCAGGUGAUCAAGUUCGGCAGCUCCUCCAGGGUCACCCUCGAGAGCGACGGCUCGCUCUCGAUCCGGGACCUGCACCGCGAGGACAGCGGCAACUACACGUGCUUCGUCGAGAACAGAUACGGCUCCGACCAGAUCACGCACCGGCUGACCGUGCAAGUGCCGCCGGCCGCGCCGCUGCUCCACGCGACGAGCGCCACCAGCAACUCGAUCAACGUGCAGUGGAAGAACGGCGACGACGGGGGCGCGCCGAUCCGCGGCUACAUCCUGCACUUCAAGCGCGAGUACGGCGAGUGGGAGGAGAUCAAGCUGUCGCACAAGAGCAGCAGCCACCAGCUGUCGCAGCUGUGGUGCGGCACCGACUACCAGGUCUACUUGACGGCCUACAACCGGAUCGGCAUGGGCUCGCCGAGCGAGAUCGUCAAGGCGACCACCGAGGGCUCCAAGCCCGACGACUCGCCCGCCAACGGCGACAAGUUCAUCACCGUCAACGUCAGCUGGAUCACCCUGCACCUGCACGCGUGGAACGACGGCGGCUGUCCCAUCACCUACUUCGAGCUCGAGUACAAGAGAAGCGGCGAGGACCUGUGGACCUUGGUCUCCAACAACAUCGAGGUCCAGAAGUCGUACACGCUGAGCGAGCUGCAGCCGGGCACGAGCUACGAGGUGCGGAUCCGCGCGCACAACAACGCCGGCUCGUCGGUGGCCGAGUACAAGAUCAGCACUCAGCAGCCGCACAGCAGCUCGACGGUCCCGGCCCUGGACGUCGACCGCUUCAUACCCCAGCACACGCCCGUCUACGCGGACAUGAAGCUGAUCGUGCCGCUGGCGCUGAGCUCGUGCGCAGUGAUCGUGGCCGCCGGGGCGGUCUUCUACUGCUUCCGAAAAAGUAAGCGCGACUGGCCUUUGCUGGGUGACUUAGGGAACCUCCACGACGCGCAGACCGCCGCAGCCCUAGAUAAUAAGCAAAAUAUGGAGCAGCGGGAGCAGUACUACGCCACCGUGAGGAAGCCGCUGCGCUCGCCUAUUCACGAGAUGGGUACGUUGGAAAGGAUACCAGAAUACUCCGAGGACAUCUACCCGUACGCGACCUUCCAACUGAAGGAGAGCGUCCCGAGCAACGACAGCCGAUGCGACUCGGCCGCACCGCUGCAGACCUUCGUUUACCACGACCCCAGGCUCAGCGCCGCCGACACGCUCCAAUUGAGAGAGUCGGAUUGCAACCGAUACGCUAAGGUGCGCGGGGGCCGCUCGUCCUCUGCGCCGUUGCAUAAAGCAGCGCACAAGACGAGUCAGGGCAAGUCCGAGUCGGAGGAGUACGACACCCUGGGCUCGGACAGCGACACGGAAGUCGGGACCAGCAGCCGAACCGAGUCCUCCAAUCACCUCGUCGAUUCCCAUCACUCGGCCUCCGCCGCCGCCGAUGCGCGCGUUCACAACUUCCUGUACCAUGGACCAGAAUCUAGCACGUCUACAGAACCCUCACCGAUUUUUGAGAGAAAAUCGUUUCCUGGAAGGGGACGACCCAAGAUGCUACAGCUGGCGCGUGGUGCCGCCGAGGAGGCCCGGACAAACGGCGGCAGCGGCCUCCGGCAGCAGCAGCAGCAGCAGCUCGGGCCAGCAGCAACAGCUGGCCUUGCCAAGCACCAGUCGGCCCAUGUCGCGGAGCGUGACGGACCAGGCCACAACAUGUUCGUCCCCAAGCUGGAUCCACCCCGGGGCUUCACCGACACGUUUGAACUGAGCGAGCCGCCCGACUGCGACCCGCUCCCGCCCGCCGCUAGGAACCUCCGCGAUUUCGUCAUCGCGGUGUAAAUAAAUGCGAACGAACGAUCUCCUCGCGAGCGAGCGAUCACUCGAGUAACACUGCACUGCCAGCGGCCAACGUCAGCGGCCGCUCUCCAAUUCGAACCACGGCCAAUCGCAGCAAACGCAAUUUAUCGAUUACCCUAUAAUUGUACUUACAAAGACCUACGAAUGCCUGCCUGAGCGCGUGAGUGUACAAAUUAAUACGCAGUUAUUGAUCUCGUUAGCCAAAGUAUAUAGAUAUGUAAUGAGCGUGCGACAAAAAUAUUGAGACGACGUUUUUUCAAAAAAAAGAAAUAAAAAACAAACAAAGACAAAACAAAUUAUCGUAAUAAUAAUAAUGAAUAAAGCCAAACAACGUUGUCCUGUUGAUAUAUCGUACACUUUAUAAUAUAUACAUAUUAUAUGGAAGAUUACAAAAAAAAAACACAAAAAAACACAAAGAAAUGAUAAAAAAGUGAUUGUUCGAACAAUGAGACUCUUGCGUUUUCAAACGAUUUUAAAGAUUGUUUAUAUUCUAUU